GUCUGUUUGGAGCCAAAUCUUGUCUAUGUGUGUGUCAUUUUGUCUCUUUUAAUACACUGCCCUGACUUGCUUGCCGUGAAGGGAGUAUGCAUCUGGAGAUCAAAGUUGCUCUUAACUUCAUCAUCUCAUACCUGUACAACAAGCUUCCUCGGAGGCGGGCAGACCUGUUUGGUGAGGAGCUAGAGCGCCUGCUGAAGAAGAAAUAUGAGGGUCACUGGUACCCAGAGAAGCCUCUGAAGGGAUCUGGCUAUCGCUGUGUUCAUAUAGGGGAGACAGUGGAUCCAGUGGUGGAGUUGGCGGCCAAGCGGAGCGGGCUGGCCGUGGAGGAUGUGCGCGCCAAUGUGCCAGAAGAGCUGAGUGUCUGGAUCGAUCCUUUUGAGGUUUCCUACCAGAUCGGUGAGAAGGGCUCUGUUAAGGUCCUCUACCUGGAUGACAGCGAAGGCUGCAGCGCCGCAGAGCUGGACAAAGAAAUCAAGAGCAGUUUCAACCCCGAUGCCCAGGUAUUUGUUCCCAUUGGCAGCCAGGACAACUCACUGUCCAACUCUCCGUCCCCCUCCUUUGGCCAGUCACCUAGCCCCACCUUCAUCCCUCGCUCUGCCCAGCCCAUCACUUUUACCACUGCCACCUUUGCUGCCACCAAGUUUGGCUCUACCAAGAUGAAGAAGGGUGGAGGAGCUGGAGGAGGGGGUGGUGGAGCAGGGGCUGGGCAGCAGCCAAGGAUGGUCAGGUCUCCGACCACCAACCUGCUGAAGCAGAAGGGCCUCUCCCUGUCCAUGCACUCUCUGAACUUCGUCGGGAGUGCUGGGAGCCAAGCCCCACAGUCACAGCUCUCCCCCAAUGCCAAGGAGUUCGUUUACAGCGGUGGGUCGCCGGGAGCCAACAGUCUCUUCUUCGAUGGGGUUGCCAGUGAGAGUCAGGCCAGCAGCAUCCCGCCGACAUCGCAGUUCAAUGCUGGCACAGGUGGUACCUUUGAUAUGGCUCAGGUCUUUGGUGGCAGCACCAACAGCCUCUUUUUGGAGAAGUCUCCCUUCGUGGAAGGACUCAGCUACAACCUGAAUGCCAUGCAGUAUCCCAGCCAGUCGUUCCAGCCUGUUGUCCUGGCCAACUGAACACAAAGAAGGAGAGUAUUCUGGGGUGGGGAGGGAGGGGGGGAAACAAGAACAAAACAAACAAGAGGGAGAGAAUAGAAAUAUACAGAAAAUAUUCAAAUCUUAUAAAUAUAGCUUCUUGGGAAAAGAGAGAGCCCGGUGUUGCGCUGUGCUGGCAACGCUCCUGAAGCACUGACUUGUUUUUUAACUCAGUCCCUGUGCUUUUUUCCAACUCACUUUUUUACUCCUUAACUGAGUCUUUAGAUUUUUUUCAGUUUGUGUUUCCCCCAGCCCAGGCUGAUGCAACCAUAGGUCACGAUGCUCCUGAUUCCCUGCACCCGCCCCAGCGCUGGACACAGGGUCCUUCCACCUGGGUGUAGGGAUGUUGUCUUCGUACCGCUGGAGGAGGAACAGGGAGAGGAUGAGUCAGUGUCAGUGGAGAUACACACACUCUUCUUGUGUGCUAGCCAGAAAUGGGUGGGUGAGCUUGCUUUUUCUGUUACGGCUCUGCGUGUAGACGGAGAGCAUCUACUGUGCCCAUGGGCAUAGACUGUUGUGCUGUUGUUGCUCCAGCCCAGGCUGGCAUCAGCUGUUCUCUGUGUGCUGAAAAGCACCAACUCUUCUCCUUGACCACCUCCCAGCAUGUAGCAGGGAGGACAGUGUUACUGUGAAAUGGCUUCUUCCUGCUCCCUUCAUCUGCACUUCCAGCCACGGCUACAGGAGGACAGUGCUUUGAACUGAGUGACUGGUCAUUGUCCCCUGCUCCGCCUGUGGGUGCGGGGGCCUUUCUGUACCGGCCAAUUGGCCGGGUGACAGACUUGUGGCGUAGAGACACCUCCAGCCUGUCCCUGCGGCUGGGGGAUGCUGAUGAGCCAGGCAGCACCACUCGGAUCCUGCACCCACUUCCCAGAUGUUCUCCCCAGCAGCAGGGGCCAGCAUCCCCCUGAGGUGGCCUCUGAGGUGUGAGUUCUUGUUUCCUGCUGUGAAUUCAUCUUCUUGUCUCUGAGAGGGAAUUCCUUUUUAGUUAGCGAGGCAGCACUACUUUUGAGGAAGAGAAAGGGCUAUGUUGUUGAAGCCACUCCCUUGAGUGGUAGCAUAAGGAUUUGUGCUUUUGGCCAGGUACGCACCUGACUAAAUCCCCUCCCCUGCCCGUCUUGGAGGAGCAGGAGGAGGAGGUGUCUUGUCUGGUGUGGAAGGGAAGCACCUAGCAUAAACUCAGCCUUCCAGCCAGAUCAUGUCAGCCUGGAUAGUGGCAGGCUUAGAACAGAGCAGGGGCAGGCACUCCAAAGUCCUAGCGUGUGAAUGUGCCGUGCCUCCCCGCCAUGGGGCUGGGAUCUGAGAACAUUCCUGCAGCUUUCCCGGGAUGAUGUGCUGCAGUUGGGCUUUUCAGCUGAGUUGCUUCUGUGUCAGGGAUUCCAAAACCCACCUGUAUGGCAAGAUUGAAGGAGGACUGCUACUUGCCCAGGCAGGGUGGAGGCUCUCUGGCUGGGAAGGUUUCCUUGGAGGCUGUUGUGGGAGUAUGGAAGCGUGCAAAGAGGAGAGAGAUGGAGAUGAUGAGACUCCAGUCUUUGAAGCUGUCAGUUUAAAAGAAAAAUAAGCUUUUUGCUGCCUUCCAAACUUAAGGUUUGGUUUUCUUUUAAUUAUGUCUCUGGAGCACCCUCUGAAACCCACUUCUCCUGUAUCUGUUGAACCAGUGUGCUCUUUCAAGACAUCCCUGUUUCAGGGGAGAUGGGCUUGAACUUGUGCUUUUCCCCCACUCCCUCCCUUCCCGCCAAGAUGAAGGCACUCAAGCCCUCUUGUAGUUGUGUUACUGAUGAGCCUUUGCAGAGGCAGUGGGCUGUCCCAGGGAGACUGCCACUGCCUGGAACUCUUUCAGGAGAGCUUCUAGCACUCCCUUCCUUUUGCUGUGUAGCUGGUGGGGAGGCAUGGCCCCAACCUCGUGCCCAAUGACCUCACACCCAGUGCAGGUUCCUGAGCAGGCUGCUUGCCCUCAGGCUAUGACCAAUGCAGCAGGUGGGCAAGGAGAGCAGUGCCCAGCUAGCUCCCCCAAGCCUGCAGCCUCAACCUUGCAAGUUUCCAGACUAGGACAAGCUGCUGAGGAAUGGCCAAGCUGUUGGGUUCCCCCUUGUUGCUUUUUUUUUUUUUUUUGAACCCUCCACUUAUGGACGUUACCACUGCCACCCUGUCCUUCUCCCAAGGAGUGUACUGCUGAGUGCCAGCCCACUUGCCAUGCUGGACUGAGGGGUGCUGAGCCCCUGAUGGCAGGACCUGGUCCAGUUGUCCCUGCACUGUCCCUGCAUCUGGCAAAGCCAUCUGUGAGCCACUGCUGCGGGACAGUGUGCUCCCCUCCAGCACAGGGAGGGAGGGGAGAGGUGGGGAUGCCCCCAGCCACCCGCUUGUGUCUGUGAAGCUUUGAUGCCGCUUUGCCCUGCCACACGUAUUAUACCUGCUUUAAAAAUAGUGGUAUGAGUGGAAGGAGGGAAAGAGGAGGGACCAACCUCUGUAUCUUAAAAGGAAAAAAGCGUGCUUCAGAAACGUUCCUCCAGCAUCAGGCAGCAAUGGAAACUAACGGCCUUUUCAGGUCUUUUCUAGUCUUGGAUGUAGGCGUUCAGCUUCAAUUUUAUUUUUUAAAAACCUGCACUAAUUUACCUGGUUUCUUAGGAAGAGAAGAGAGAAAAUUUUUUUUUAACUUUUAUUUUUUAUGGGUUUGUGUUCUUUUUGUUGAUGUCUGUUUGUAUUGAAUAAUUUGCUACAUUUGUAAAAUGUAAGAGGUAUAUAUAAUAUAUGUAUAUUUCUAACGUAAAAAAACUGUAAUUUUUUUCUUUUCAAGAUUUUUUCUUAAAAAGAGGAGAGAGAAAAAUAUUUUUUCAGGAAAAAAACUUUAAAAAAAAAAAGUGGUGAAGAUUCCUUUCUCCCCACUCAGCUUCCCUCCUUUCCCUCCCAUCCCUCUCCGAGGAGUGAAUUGACAGUUGCCUUGUGGGAGAGAAUGAGUGAAAGAGGACAGAAGUCUGUGUGUCUCCCAGCGGAGGGUGUCCAUGUGUGCUCUGCUUGGGUUUCUGAGAAGGGGGCUACUGAGAGGGGGAACCUGGGGGUUGCUGUCUUUUUUUUUUUUUUCUUUUUUCUUUUUUUUUCUUUAGCGAAGGAGGAAUACAAUCAGAGUUUUGUAUUCAGAAUGUUGUGCAAUAUUUUGGAAUGGGACAUUGGUGUGUCUAGAGGUUUAGUUAAAAACAAAAAAACAACAAAAAAAAAACCAAAAACAAAAAGGUUGAUCAAAUCUGUACAGUUUCUAUUGUUCCAGAUUUUUUUAAGUUUGUAUUAAAAGCAUGAUAUAAUAA